UGUGCUGACUUGGGCUGAUCGGAUGGAAGUCAAAACCCCAGAUAUCGAGCCGGCCUCAUCUGUGGCCCGGGAAACAAAUGCGUGCGCCGCUGGUGUGUUCUCACUCGCCCGCCCAUCCUUCCCUCCUUCCUGCAUAUCCUGGGAGCCACUUUCUGACUUACCUUGAUUUGCCAUGGCAGAGGAAUACGACAAAGCCGUUCGCACCGCCAACUGGGCCAGGAAGCACGCGAAGCUCGCUGCCAAUAUUCCAAAGUCGUCAUCCCAUCGGUUUGAGUUUGAACCAAGCACUCCUCCGGAAAGUCCGCGACGUGAGAGCGACUCAGCCAACUUGGGCAACUCGGGCAACUUGGGCGACUCGGGCAACUCGCAUCAAGGCCACCGCCGAGCACCGGACGACUCUGCAAUUCUCGGCAACUUCAUUCCACUUUCGACCUCCAUGCGAGAGCGCUCACCGUCGCCUCGUCGCGAAAAAGGCGUCUACCUGCAGCUUAGUCUGACCGAUUCGCAGGUGGAUAAACUGACAGCUGCACUGUCCUCGCAAGACGACGACGAAUCGAUGGAGAACAAUCCGGCACGAAGCCUCCGGGCUCGGUCCCCGGCAAAGAUGCCGCAGGACGUUGCAACUCACCCUCGCCCGCAGCGCUCUCGUUCGCCGGCCAAAAAAGCCCUCCCAGUCAAGACUCCCGAGAGCCAGCGCACCGUCCAGGGCUUGCGGGGCGACAUUGCGACGAGCGCAUCUUCGAGCAAGCGACAGGAGACUAGAUUCGAUUGGAACGCACCGGCAGCCCAUGGCUCACCGACCCGCUCGGCCGGACGCGGAAUUAGAAGCCCCCCGGCGCCAAUUGACACUGAUCGCGCUCGAGCCUACGCCAAACUGGCCGCCGACCGGGCUGGUCGACAGCCUGCAAUAGUCGUUCAUCGUCCGCUCGAGCGAGACCCCUCUCCCGUGCGUCAGCCUCACCGCUUCGCCCUGGCCGACGAUUCCUCGUCGCAUUAUUCUCAGGAUUCGGCCGGAGAGCGGUACCCCUCCUGCGUCAGCCCUCUCCGCAUUCAAAAGGAGAACGAAGCCAAGAAUGUCAGCAUUCUCCAAGAGUACACCGAGCAGAAGAACUCGGUCCGCGGCUCGGACAAGGAUUCGACCGAAUCGGCGCAGUAUGGAACCUUGGGAGAAGGCUCCAGCGGAGGACAGCGCGCCUCCUAUACUCCCUUGGCACCGCUCAUGAAGGAGGCACCAACGGUUAGAAAGGCCUCCAAGACCCUCAUCGGGGAGGGCGGAUGGCUCGAGAAUACGUCGAAGCGCGAACCGGCAACUACCUCGCCGAACCGAGCUGGCGGUUUCCUCGGUAAUUUGGUCAAGAAAGCAAAGGAGAUGGCAAGUAGUCUGGCAGAAGUCUUCCUCUUUUGUGGAGGGCAAAACGACUAACACUCCUCC